AUGGCGGAUAACAAAAGCUUAAAUACGUCUCAAAAAUUAGAGGUCGAGAGCACRAGCAUAAAUGUGUCCUUUUUUAUCUACUCAACAAUGCUCUGUGUGGUUUUGAGUGUGUUUAUGAUCGGAGCUCAGGACAUUCUAGAAGGAACUACCAUUCCAACCUCGACAGUUUUGCUAGCAGACAUCGGUCCUUGUUCAGUGGCACCUCUUAUACUCCCKUUCUUUAUCAACAGAAUCCCGUACAUUGUGCGUGUUGUUCUCUUCGUUGUGGGGCAUUUUACCGCUUUCAUGAUUUUAGGUCUUGCGGAGAACGUAAGCAUUAAGAUCUUUGCUGUUUCGCUUGCGACUUUCUCCACUGGGAUUGGUGACAUAAGUCUUCUUUCACUCACUACUUACUUUAGGCCAACGGUGUUGUCUUGGUAUUCAACUGGAAGCGGUGUUGGUUUGAUUCUUGCCCCGCUCUACUAUACAGGCAUCACUUUCCUCACCUUGGGGCCGUGUUCCUUGAUAUAUCUGGUAUGCUAUUACUUCAUCCACAAAGAGAUGACCAAAAAAGAGAGAGAAUCAGUAGAAAUCACGGCAGUCGAKAKUKAACAGAAUGCUUCGGGGAACAAAAAGGAAGACUUUUCAGAAGAUCAAAAAGAAAAAAAGGUGCCCAUUAAUAAAGAUCCUCUUUCCUGCAAUGAAAAACUUUCCGCGGUUAUGAAAAUGACUCGUUUGGUUUGCGGUGCUUCAAUUGUCAGCUUCUUUGCUGAGUACACGUUCUUCGACUCGGUCAUAACAACUAUUGCUUAUCCACGUUCGCCAUUCCCACCACGUGACCAUUACCAGUACUACUCGCUCGCKUUGAUGGUYGGAGAAGUCCUGGGUCGGUCAAAUCGAAGCAUCCUGGAAAUUGUCAAACCCAAUUGGCUGUUUUCUCCAASUCCUUUACUCUUGUGGYUYCUUGCUUUUCUAGAUGUUUUACAUUUGAUAUUCUUUUUCUUUGAGUCUUGGUAUCGUUUCCUUCCUGGAGUUGGGAUUCCAGUUUUACUGUGUUUCACAGGAGGUUUUUUUGCUGGUAUUGUCUUUACAAGUGUCAUGGAGCUUGUGCGCGAGUCAUUUGAUGCGAAGGAAAGAGAAUUUAUACUGGCAGUCGCCUUACUUCCUACAAAUCUUGGGAUUUUGUCAGCUUCUAUAGCUGGAAUCUAUAUUGAACCUCAAUUGAAAGAACACUGUUUAUCAACUUUAACUGUCAAAGCUUACUGCUUUACAAGACAUUCAAAUUUAUAAUUAUUGCAAGUUUGUGGACUGUACGUUUUGUGUGGUCGACCUCACUAUUUCGAACGAGAACGCUACACAACCGGAGACAAAACUCACAAAUGAACCAAUUUCAUGUUCAAGGCAGUCUUUCCCGUUGCUUUAACCUCCCCUCCCCUCCCUUGAUUCAGUGUUGCACCGGCUUCUUGCUAGGUGACGACCUGCAUCUUUUAUUGAGAACUACAAGCAUUAUUGGGAUAUUUUUUAGGGGGGAGAAGGCAAUGGCUUUAAUUAAUUUGUAGAAACAUCCUACAUAAAACACAGGGGGCAACACAUUAUGUCCGGCAUGGUAUGUUGAUCAGGUAACCCAAGCUCCUUUCUAUAGCUACUUAGUGCGCUUUCCAUUUGUCAGAACUGGCUGGCCAGAC